UUCGGUGACUCGACUACGAAUGUAUAAAUUAAGCGGAAGCGGUUUUAGUUAAUCGGUUCUUACAGUAUGACUGGAUUUGAUUGUUUUGUGUUAUCGAUUCUGUUGGUUGUAAGAGACUAAACCGAGUGUAUGAUCAGCGGGGAAUCGGAGGAGUUUGAAGAGCUCUGGGAGAGCAUCCUGGUCGACAAAUCAUGUGGUGAAUAUUUGUCUGGAUAAACUCAUCUGUAGUGCACUGGACUCCACAGCGAAACCUCAGAGAGACUUCGGAACUGUUUACAAAUUCUGGGAUUCAGUUCACUACUCUUCCCUGUUGGAUUACUUUCUGGAUUUGACUCGGAUCAGUACUUCAUAAUGCUCUUCAAUGGCUGUCAGCAGUGCAGUGGUUAGCAUGCAGAAUGACAACCGGACCUUUGUCCACUACAGGAUGGAGGCAUCCUGUUUGGACCUGGCUCUGGAGGCCGAGCGGCUGUGUAAGGUGGGGGAUUACAGCGCCGGCGUUUCUUUCUUCGAGGCAGCCUUGCAGGUUGGCACAGAAGACCUGCAGGUUCUGAGUGCCAUCUACAGUCAACUGGGCAAUGCCUACUUUCACUUGCAUGACUACAGCAAAGCUCUGGAGUUCCACCACCAUGACCUUACUCUAACUAAAACCACUGGGGAUCAGCUUGGUGAGGCCAAAGCCAGCGGUAACUUGGGGAACACAUUAAAGGUUUUGGGUCGCUUUGAUGAAGCGGUGGUCUGCUGCCAGAGACAUUUAGAUAUCGCUAAGGAACUGGGUGACAAGGUGGGGCAGGCCAGAGCACUUUAUAAUUUUGGAAAUGUGUACCACGCCAAAGGGAAGAGCAUCUGCUGGAGCGGAGCAGAACCUGGAGACUUUCCUGAGGAGGUCAUGACAGUACUUAGAAAAGCUGCUGAGUACUACAAAGCGAAUCUGUGUAUCGUGAAGGAACUCCGAGACAGGGCAGCACAGGGCAGAACUUAUGGAAACCUGGGGAACACGUACUACCUGCUAGGAAACUUCAGGGAUGCAAUGGCCUUUCAUGAACAGCGUUUGCUCAUUGCUAAAGAGUUUGGUGACCGGUCUGCAGAAAGGAGAGCCUACUGCAACCUGGGAAACGCUUGUAUAUUCCUUGGGGAGUUUGAGAGGGCUGCAGAACAUUACUGGAAAGCUCUACAGUUGGCACGCCAGCUGAAGGAUCUGGCUGUGGAGGCUCAGGCCUGCUACAGUCUGGGCAACACAUACACACUGCUGCAGGACUAUGAGAGAGCUAUUGACUACCAUCUCAAACAUCUCAUCAUCGCCCAGGACCUCAAUGACAGGAUCGGUGAGGCUAGGGCCUGCUGGAGUUUGGGAAACGCACAUACAGUACUAGGGAAUCAUGACCAGGCCAUGCAGUUUGCAGAGAAACACUUGGAAAUAGCAAAAGAGACUGGUGAUCGUAGUGGGGAACUCACUGCUCGCAUGAACGUCUCAGAUCUUCAGAUGGUCCUCGGUCUCAGUUACAGCACAAACAAUUCAGUACUUUCUGAAAACAAAGAGUUCGACUACAACCUGCAUGGAGCCAGGCCCAGAAUGAGCCGACGGCACAGUAUGGAGAACCUAGAGCUGAUGAAACUCACACCUGACAAGAACAAUGGUCAGAAGUGGACCAGUGACAUCUUCUUCAAGCAGUCCAAACCCCCACUGGCCAAGUCAUCCUCAAAGCUCUCCUUUGUUAAUCGUUUCCGAGGAAAGAAGCACAAACUGCAGAGUAGCUCCAAUAAAAUCCUUCAGGAUACCAGCAACACACGGGAAGCUCCUCAGAACAAACAUGGGAGUACAGACAUGUUAGGAGACGAGGGCUUCUUUGACUUGCUGAGUCGUUUCCAGAGCAACAGGAUGGACGACCAGCGGUGUGCCAUCCAGGAUGGGAGGAGCCACCCGUCUGUCAAUUCUAGGUCCACCUCCCCACCCAGAACCAUCAGGAAAUCAUUCUCAGAAUCGGCUGCAUCUCCAGGUCAAGAGCCGUUUCUCAGACUAUUGGCCAGUGCUCAGGGCAGGAGGCUGGACGAGCAGAGGGCAGGAACAGGGAACAGUCUGCCCGGCCUGCGCACUAUAUCCGAACACAGCAGCAGACAGAUGAUCCUCAGCCAGGUCAUGGCAAGCACAGACGCUACCGAACCCGACGACCAGUUCUUUGACAUGCUCGUCAAGUGUCAGGGGUCUCGUCUGGAUGAUCAGAGGUGUGCACCUCCUCUCCCCUCUGCCCGUGGCCCCACUGUCCCGGAUGAAGACUUCUUCAGCCUCAUAAUGCGCUCACAGGCUAAGAGGAUUGAUGAGCAGAGAGUCACACUGCCCUCCUGCCGCUGAACAGACAUACACACUCUCUUCUGAACUCCAUACUCAGAAAUGAGCUUUCAUACACACGAGUGUUGCAAACCUCAUGCUGGUAAUACAAAUCAGGUCGGGUAACAUGCCAUCAUUAUGAACUGUGUCCUGUCUGCUACAUUAUUAUGAAUGGCAUUUUGUGUACAGCUGUACUACAUUUCUUUAUAGAUUUGCAUUUGUAAGGAUUUUAAAGAUUGUUGUAGUUUAGGAUGUAUUGCUUUGAUCAUAAGUCAAAUCACCUUUAUUUAUAUAGCACUUUUAACAAUACAGAUUGUGUCAAAGCAAUUGGUAUGCUAUGGAAAAUAAUUAACUAAAUAUAAUAAUUCACUACAAUGACUCCUCUUUUGAUAGAUAACUGCAGGUUAAUUUGUAUUUAAAUAACAUUGUUACUGCCACUAGUUACCUUCCAGUUAACUACAUGCAGUUGUGAAAAUAUCAAAAAAAAAAAUUGUAAUGUCACAUUUAGUUUAUAAAAGUAGUUAAACUAUAAAUGUAUCUAAAAAGUGGAUGAUAUAGUAAAAUGUACAUCACAAAUGUAUAUAAAUAAAACCUGUACAGAAAUUUUA